UUUGGCCUCCCAAUUUGUAGUACUACAAUUUUGCAAGUUGCAACAACAAAUUGCAAAAUGUGUAAGGUGCGUGACUUUUCCAACCCCAACCCUCUGGGAGGAAGGUUGACCUGCGUGGACUUGUGAAAGGCGAGUGAAAUAAAACAAGUUCCUUGUUUCAUUUGAUUGAAUCCAGAAUUAAUCCUGGUUAUUCACAGUUGUUUUCCCGUUGAUCCAACACUAGUAAGAUCGUCGGGUGAAAGAGGCUGAGAAUGGGAAAGAAAUCGUCGUCUUCAUCUUCAUCUUGGUGGAGAAGAGGGGGAUGGCUAUAUCUUCACCCCUCGUGUUGCCUCAAACGGCCUAAACGACUGGCAUUCAUCAUCUUCGUCUUCAUUUCCCUUAAUUACUUUCUCUGGGACCGCCGAACCCUCUCCUCCGCCCAUCAGCGAAAGGUAACCACAUUAAAUCAACAAGUCACAAGUUUGCAAAAUCAGGUUCUAGAAUUGAAGAGCAAGCUGAGAGGUUCAGGUGUGGAGAAAAAGAUUAUUGAGAUUGGAGAUGAUGAUGAUGAUAAUAAUAAUAUUAAGAAACAGGUUGCUAAGGAUGAUGGAGAUCCUAUUAAUAUUGAACGAAGACAGAAAGUGAAAGACGCAAUGCUUCAUGCUUGGAAUUCCUACGAAAAGUAUGCGUGGGGCCAAGAUGAACUUCAGCCUCAAACAAAGAAUGGUGUUGAUAGCUUUGGUGGGCUUGGAGCGACCGUCGUUGAUUCUCUCGAUACAUUGUUUAUAAUGGGCCUCCAAGAGCAGUUUCACAGAGCUAGAGAGUGGGUUGCAAACUCAUUGGAUUUUAACAAGGACUAUGAAGCUAGUGUUUUUGAGACAACCAUAAGAGUUGUAGGCGGGCUUCUUAGUGUAUUUGAUCUCUCUGGAGAUGAUAUUUUCCUUCAAAAGGCUAGAGAUAUCGCAGAUAGGUUGUUGCCUGCAUGGAACACAGCAUCAGGAAUCCCCUAUAACAGAAUUAAUUUAGCACAUGGACAUGCUUAUAACCAUAGGUGGACAGGAGGAAACAGUAUCCUGGCAGAUUCUGGAACAGAGCAGCUAGAGUUUAUUGCUUUAUCUCAACGAAUAAAAGAUGCCAAAUACCAGCAGAAGGUGGAGAAUGUCAUCAAAGAAGUCCAUAAAAUCUUCCCUUCUGAUGGUUUGCUCCCAAUCUACAUCAAUCCUCAUAGUGGAACAACAGCAUACUCAACUAUUACAUUUGGUGCUAUGGGUGAUAGUUUUUAUGAGUACCUACUGAAAGCUUGGAUACAGGGAAACAAAACAGAAGCUGUAAAGCAUUACAGGGAUAUGUGGGAGACAUCAAUGAAAGGUCUGCAAAGCUUGAUUCGAAGAUCAACACCAUCCUCAUUCACUUACAUAUGUGAAAAGACUGGAAAUUCACUGUCUGACAAGAUGGAUGAAUUAGCAUGCUUUGCCCCUGGAAUGUUGGCUUUAGGAUCUUUUGGUUAUGGUCCAGGAGAAGCUGAAAAAUUCGUAGCACUUGCAGAAGAGCUUGCCUGGACUUGCUAUAAUUUCUAUCAGUCAACACCCACAAAAUUGGCUGGGGAGAACUAUUUCUUUCGCACUGGACAGGACAUGACUGUUGGUACAUCAUGGAAUAUUUUGAGGCCUGAGACCGUUGAGUCGCUCUUUUACCUCUGGCGUCUUACUGGAAACAAAACAUACCAAGAAUGGGGUUGGAAUAUCUUCCAAGCAUUUGAAAGAAACUCCCGUACAGAGACUGGGUAUGUCGGGCUUAAAGAUGUGAAUACAGGUGUCAAGGACAAUAUGAUGCAAAGUUUUUUUCUUGCGGAGACGCUCAAGUAUCUGUAUCUCCUGUUCUCACCUCCAUCUGUCAUCCCCCUUGAUGAAUGGGUUUUUAACACAGAAGCUCAUCCUCUGAAAAUUGUGGCACGAAGUUCUGAUGAAGAGAAGUAGCUGUUUGAGUCAAUGCUGAAAAGAGGGUCCACAGCGUCUGAUUAGCCCCUAGGCAAAUACUUAAGAGUUCAGUUAUUCCCCCCAGCUGCCCCGCUUUAAGCUUGAACCACCUCAACUGAUUGUAGGAGUAGCGAUCAAGGCGUGCUCCAUCUGCAAAUUGAUGGUAUGUCUGUCUAUCAGUUUUGAUGGGGCCAGUAUUUGACAAAGAAUUGUAGUAGAUUAGUGCAUGUGCUGAUUAGUGUUUCCUGCAUAAUAGAUUUGAGAAAUGUGCAGAACAUAUGAAGAUGAGAAUUGAUAUGACUCAAGUGAAUAUGAAACAAUGUAUUGUAGUGUUGUAGGAAGUCAAAAAACUUGGGCGUUUAGGUAAUCACAUAUAUCCCAUUAAGAUAGGAGUGCAAUUAUAUGAUAUGUAUUCAGUAUUGGAGAAUGUAGGUUAGGUAGGUAAGGCUUCAUAUUCAGAUGAAAAGAUGAUAUUAUACUGUAUAUUCUACACGAGGAUGAUUUAGUUGUAGGCAGCUGCCACGUGUCUUUAGGUGGGAUUAGAAGGCUGGAAAGGAUCUUAUAGAAUAAAUUUCAGCAACAACUUUUACAUUGGGCUUGGAUUUAAGAUUGGGGUAGGUUUUUUGAAUGAUAUGGUGUUGUAUUCUAGUAACAAUGAAAAAAAGGCUUAUUCUUA